CCAAAAAAUCACUGGAACUUUCCGAAACGUUCUCUACCAUCGAAUGAGACGGUGGAAGAACUGCCAGCCGAAUAACAGCUACUCGAAACCCAUUGCCGACAAAGUAGAGAGACCUUGGGACGUAAGUCUGAUGCCUAUGGAAGUCGAGGCUGCAAAUGCUCCAGAGUUGGCACUUGCUGACACCGACAUCAACUGGGACAGGUUGGACAAGACAAGGUUUCACAUUAUUGGGGCUAUCCUCUUUACUGCUCAGUCAGACUUGUUACAUACUACGGCAGUUGUAAAGGCUAGAAUGCAAGUAGCUGGUUCUGGUCUCUCUAACAUGCGCGGUAUUUCAGUAUUUGAACAGAUAUUGAAGACUGAUGGUAUCCCGGGCCUAUUUAGGGGUUUUGGCACUUCAGCUGUUGGAUCAUUGCCUGGUAGAGUCUUGGCUUUAACAUCACUUGAAGUGUUCAAAGGUAUGAUGUUAAAAUAUACUGAAGGUCUAGAUAUGCCCGAAGCAACUCGUAUUGGAAUUGCGAAUGGAGUGGCAGGGAUGUUGUCAAAUUUAGUUUCUUGCGUAUACUAUGUUCCUUUGGAGGUGGUCUGCCAGAGACUCAUGGUACAAGGGAUUCCUGGGACUACAGUCUGCAAUGGACCAUUUGAUGUUGUACGUAAGGUGAUAGAGGCUGAAGGGUUCCGUAGAUUGUAUAGGGUCUUUGGAUUGACAGCUGUGACGCAAUCCCCAGCAUCUGCACUUUGGUGGGGUGCCUACGGAGCUGCCCAACGCGUGAUUUGGAGGUUCUUCCAAAUGUUCCGGCGCUUGGGUUACAAAGAUGAUAUGGACAAAAAACCAUCUCAUAUGGAGAUGGUAACAGUUCAGGCAACGGCAGGAUUGGUAGCUGGUGCUUGCUCAUCGGUUAUCACAACUCCCAUUGACACUGUAAAGACUAGACUUCAGGUCAUGGAUAAUCUUGAGGGUGGAAGACCGUCAGUACUCAAGACUGCAAGGACACUCCUUAAGGAAGAUGGAUGGUGGGGCUUCUAUAGAGGAGAGACUAUCCGUGAGGCAGCAGUAACAAGAUCUCAAGCUGGAGGAGGUGCGAGUCCAACUUGGCUUCAGAAAUGCUGAAGCUGUAUGAAGUGCAAGGAAACUGAUUCUGGCGCUAGUUCCUAAUGCAAGUUUUCCGAUUUCUCAGACACGGAGAUGGGGGUGUGGCAUUCUCAUCUUGCAUCACACGGCACAAGAAUGGUUAGACUCUCUCUAGUUGUUCUCCGAUAGAGGCAGUUCAGUACUUCAAUUCACUUCCUCCAUGUAGUUUCCGGCGUUUUCUUGUAAAUGUUACAAACCAUUGAGCACUGCUCACUCUUCACUGUAACGAGGACAUUGGACUGUAAUUCAUUUUGACUCCACCAAACGUAUCGUGGGAUUUGAAACGAUUUUGUAAGACUGGUUACACUUUGACAAUGUAUAUUGAGACACCAUCAUGGGUGGUAGUGUUUUUUUCUUUUUC